UCAAGAGCGGCGUGCAGUUAACACCGGCCGGUCUGAAGUGUACUUACUGCAGUGGUACUAUGCGGCAGGCAUAAACACAACUUUAAACUUCCCAAUCACAGUGAAAGGGUUACAAAAGCGUUGGAACUGAAUUUCAAAACAAGGAUGCGCAGAUCAAGGAUUACUAUUAAACCCAAUGUCAGGCCAGGGGGUCGAGCUGUGGGCCCUACAGCAGAAAACAAGACUUCUCAAGAGUCUGUUGACAACACCCCACAAACCAUUAAAGGGGAGCAAAUAGACAGACCACCACCCUCUUCACAGUCACACCUGGAUGUGAUAGAGCCUGCUGUGUCCACAGGAAAUGUUCCCAGCUGUCUCUCGGAGAAAACAUCUGUUAAAACGGAUGAUAGAGCGCCCUCUAGUGCCAGCACACCUGCAGCUCCAGCACUUCAGAGGAGAAAUAGGAUUUCUGCCACACCAAACCUGAUCAGACCCAAAAUCCAUUCUGUUCCCCGUUUAUCCACUGGCAAAGCUGCUGCUUCUCCAUCAGUGCCAUCCAAGUCUUCUCCUGAAACCUCUACCCCACCUGCUAUCAUCAAAGAUGAUUCUCAAAACUCUACAUUCUCAGAUUCCACCAAUAAACAAACUACUGCAACAUCCAAGAGUCCUCCAUCUUCGCCAUAUCUUCCAUCUGGUUGCCACGAGCCUUAUGUCAAGAAAACAUCUGUACCAGAAUUUCCAUCUUCUAUAAAACGUCAACAAGAGGAUCAAACUCCCCUAAAAAACCCAAAUGAGGAUUCUGGGUCCCAGGAAAGUUGCUCUCCAUAUGUAAAGUUGUCACGUUGUGAUGGACCAGGAUCUCCCCUGAAGAACUCGGACAUGUCAGACAAGCAGCGGGUUUUAAGAGCCCUCAAACUGAAAGAACUAAUGAAGCUGGAGACCAGGAAAGAAAGAAUGAAGAGGAAAAGUGGACGGAGUUCAUCCGAGUAUAGCGAAGAAGUGGAUCGUAGCAAAAUGACCCUUGCUGAUUAUAUUUAUUAUCUACCAGAAUCAAAUCCUAUGAAGUCCUCCCUUUCCAUGGAGCAGACUCCAGCAGAGACCAUUGUACCACCAUCACCCAAGGUGCCAACAAAGAUUGCAGAAGCAGAGCAAGAAGAUGAUGAUGAUGACGAUGGUGAAGAUGAGUUGAUGGUUCCCAAAGUCAGGGUGGCAGAGGAUGGCUCACUGAUUUUAGAUGAAGACAGUUUGACAGUGCGUGUCCAGAGGACAUCUGAUACAGUUGUAGAGAAUGCAACUCCACUGUUUGAGAGGGGCAGUACUACAACAUACAUGAGCUUCAGAAAGUAUAGCCAUGUGAAGUGCUGGUCUGUUCGAGAGACAGAUAUGUUUUAUCUGGCCAUCAGCAUGGUGGGAACAGACUUCUCCAUGAUGGCUCAGCUGUUAACUCACCGAACCAGAGCUGAAAUAAAGAGUAAGUUCAAGAAGGAGGAGAAAACAAAUGCAUGGCGAGUGGAUAAAGCAUUCAGAAACAAGCGGCCAUUUGACCAGGAGUUUUUCAGUUUCCUGCUGAAGAGGAUCUUGGAAAAAGACAAAGAUAAAGGCAAAUCGAUAAAGCUGGUUGUUAAAGCCAAUAAAGGAAAGAAAGGGAAAGGUGGUAAAAAAUCCAAGAAGCAUAAGGAUGGCAACAUCAAUGAUGAUAUUGACAAUGAUGAUUUGGACACUGGAGAUAGAUCUUUUCUCGAUUUAGAAAAGGAGAAUGAGGACAGUAGUAACGUGAAGGGGUCUGAUAUUGCAUCAAGUACCAGCAAGAAGUGUAAGCGCAAAAGAAACACAGAGCCCAAACCAUCGUCAUGUGAGAAAACACCCAAGCCAUCAAAGAAUCAGAAGAAGAAGAAAUUAAAACUAGAUGAAGGUAAAGAAAGUGAGAGUUUGCACGUAGAGGAUGAGUCUGUGAACGCUGAGAAUGAAGAUCCAUCAUUGAUGACAGUAUCGAAAAAGAAACGCAAACGUUCAGGAAAGAGUGAAGAGAAGAAGUGUGAAGAAGAGCCAGAAGAGAGACGGAAAACAAAAAGGAAAAAAGAAUUAGUUGAAGUACAGGAAGAAGACCCUGUUAAUACUGAUGGAGAAAAUGAUCCGGCAGGUACGGAGCACAAAUCUGCUGAUCCAUCUGAGACAUGCAAGCGCUCCAAGAAGUGUAAAGAGAAGCCAGCGAAAGGAAAACAGAAAACUAAAAAGAGCAAAAAGUCUCCGGAAGAGUGUGCUGGAGAAGAUGAACUAGAUGCUUUGGCUGAAGUCUCAACAGCAGGCCCCGAUGCUGAAGAGGAUCAGGGGGAGGAGCUCACUUCACAAACAACCGCUCAGGAGGAGAUUCAACAAAAGUCUUCAAAAAGGUCUAAGAGGCCUCUGCCAAAUUUGCCCAAAAGAAAAGGCAAAAAAUGCUCUGAGCCAAAGGCACAAGUGGAGGAUGAGGCUCAGGAUGAGAACUGUGUAGAAACUGAGAAUGAGCUCAACAGUCUUGCUGAAAGUCAGCUCCAGAAACAGGCAGUUGUUGUUUUGGAGAGAACUCCUCCAAGGCUUAUAAAGACACGUGAAUGGUCUGAAAGUCCAGACCAGCCACAGACCUCACAGAGCCUAAAGGACUCUCCUGGUCGGCAGAUGAGAGCAGAGAAGGUCAAACGUAAUCUUACUGCUUUAGAAGGAGUGGGGGGAGAGAUUGAGGACUAUCAGACUGGUUUAGAGUCGGAUACAUCAGCAGAGGAUAUGACAAUGGAGGCCUUGUCCUGUAAGGAGGACAUCCAAGAAUAUAAAGCAGCAUAUCAGCACGAGGAGGAUUUGAAUGUGCAUCAUUUGACCAAAGUAAAUGGUCAGACGCUGAGCCCAGUUGAGUCAAUGUCUCAUAAAGAAGUAAACAGUUACCUCUUGGACGACACAAAAACUACUGAAGACAAUUCAACAACCUCUAAAAAUCAGCUAGAUGCAGUAUCUAACAAAGCCAGCACUGUCCAUGUGGAAGAGGAUAUGGAUGGUCCUGAGGAGAAGAGCUCAUCUGGUAUUUCUCUAGAAGAGAGGGUCAUGCUACAUCCAGAAAUUAAGGAAUCUGAAGAUGCAGACACCCUGCGUUCCCACUGCAACUCCAUUCCUGUGGAAGAAACCGUGAAAGCCUUGAAUAAAUGCCCGGAAAAUCUGGAGGAACAACCCACAACUAGUGAAACUUUGAAGGAGAAGGAAAUUCAGGAUGAGAAGGUGAGGUUCCAGGAUGAUGCCCAAAUAACGGAUGACAAUCUUUCCUUUACAUCAGAUGAAGAAACUCCAACAGUGAAUAUCGAAGUUGUUCAGGAGAUUUUGUCCUUCCUUGAGAAACCAGAUCAUCCCCUCACCACACCAUCAGAUGAAGAUGUUCCGGAAAGAGAAGGGCAGCUUGAAAUUGAUCCGGUUCAGACCUGUAAGAAAACCGAACAAAUAACUGAUCUGGAGGACUGCGAUUCAGAUUCAGAAACAAUGACUGAAGAACCUCUUGAGUCGAAGACAGCUACUUCAACAAGACAAUCUGUUGAGGGUUCAGUAGUUUCUGCUCAACAAAGUAUUAUUCCAGAGUGGCAGAGUAAACCCAUACCAAACUUGACACAGGCAUCCCAAAUCAUGGUCAACUCCCAACAGACCAGAGAACCUUAUGAAGAUUCGAUAAAUGAGAUUGAUGAUAAGCCUGGAUGUCAGAGCCCUGCUAAAGCGAUGCAUUGUGAACUGGAUUUAAGCAUGAAGGACGUCUCCACAGCAGAUAAGCUGGUGUCAUGUGAGGUUAAUUUGCAGAAGUGUGAACAAGCUAAGGACCCCCUGACUCCUGUCCAUGUACUUGGCACAAAACCAACUUCAGGUCCAUCCGUUUCAUUGGAAGACACUGCCACAGGAAAGAAAAAAACAAACCCGGUUCUCACUGAUGCAAUAGUAGCACCACCUGAAACAUGCAGUCAGAUUUCACCAGAAGUUCUUGGUGGCAACACACGUGAUAUGAACACGAUGCUGUUUUCGGCUGAAGAUAGUAAGGAUAUGAACUACAUGGGGGAGAUGCAACCUUUAAACACCAAUUCAGUACAGCAAGACCUGUCAAAAGCUUCUGGGGAUUUGAAUGCCCCUGUUAAAGGAAAUGCAGAAUCGGAAAUAAAGGAUUCAGCUGGAAUGGAGUCAGAUAACCAGACAGAGGAGGAGCCCACUUUUAUUUUAACCCUGUAUGAGAUUCCCACCUCUCAGCUAUUUGAUGAAGCUUCCUUUGGGCCCCAGGACAUGUCCUCUUAUGACCUGCACCCAGCAGAAGUGUUUACACCUCAGCUGCUCUCAGACCAGUCACAGUCAAAUCCCUCCAUAUUAAAGGAUUCCAGUUCACUUCUGCACAUGAAGUCAGAAGAGAUUGAGAAGCAUGUUAGCAGUGUCUCUCAGCAGGUGGUGGAUCAUUCGUCUAUUCCUGAUUCAAAGGAUAAUGCCAGUUUAGAUUUAGUAUCCUCGCAGAAAAGCAGCUUUGAUGUAGACACCUCAUUGGAUCUACGAGGGAGCCAGAAAAUCCUCUCGCGUAAUGCUUCUGUGCCAGCAGAUGUUACCGAUGUGGUGCAGUUAGAUGAGAAGCCGUCAGAAUCUACAGAAACAAAGACGACUUCUCAAAGGAGAAGCAGGAUAAAGGUGAAGCCAAACCUAAGGCCAUGCAUGAAGGCUGGGCCCUCAAAAGCUGGCCCAUCUAAAUGUUCUCCCAUGCAGAAAACGACACCCAGUGUUAAUUUACCAACAUCAUAUACUGCAGCAAAACAAGUUGAGAUGAAGUCCAAUCAGAAAACAUCUUCACAGGAAACUGUCAGCGCUUCAUUUAUUCCCUGCAUUCACUCAGAUUCUGAAGAAAGUGAGAGAGAGACACAUCCUGGACAUGGCAGUCUGCUGUCCACUACCAGUCUGCCAGCUUCUGAAGAUAUUAAAGAUGAUAUUCACAUCAAGUGGAAAAAUAUUUUUAAUACUGAUAUCCUAAUGGGCAAUGAUACUGCUCUUGAUCUUUCAGUGAAAGAUGUAUCCAAUGUACCUGAUCUACACAACACUGACAUUGAGGAGUCCAAGGAAAAAGUUGAAGACAGUUGUGGAGGUCCUUCACACUUGGUUUUGGUUGAUGCCUUUGCACUUUCUUCUGGAGACAUGGACGACACCAGACUUCUGAAGGCCUUUGAGAAUAGGAGACUUCUCCCUACAGUUAAUGACCAAAAGGAAAAUUUGGCAGAUGUUUCUAAAGAGCCUGAAGCAUCAUUUGUGGCAUCUGCAUCUCAAGACGAGACCGAACCCUUUAUAAGCACAUGGACUAAAGAGGAAUCUUCAAGACAGAAGCCUUCAAAACCUCAGAUAAAACAAGAGAUCGAUAAAGUGGAAGAGAGAACUGAACAGGAAGAUCUCUACAAUAAUUUAUCAGGAGAUUCAGGCGCAAUGCUGACCUUACCUGACGAACUCAUAAAGACGAAGCAACAGCUUACAAAACUCACUGAUGCAAUGACAUCAACACCUGCUGAAACACAACCUGUGGAGAAGAAGACUGGGGAGGUGUUUCUGGAGGUUACUGAAGAAAAGAAAGAUGAGGUUUAUAUGAAGAGUGAAAGUUCUGUCCAUCUUCAUCUGCGGUCAUGUGAAGACCCAUAUGCUGCCUGCACUAUAGAGAAACAACAGAACCUCACAAAAGAGGAAGACCAGGAGGUAAAGGAGCAUGAGGAUGUUUCACACAUGAUGUUGGAUGAUAUAUUCGUCCCUGUCUCUGAAGGAGUGGGAGAUGAUUUGGCCAAAGAAAUAAUGACUGUUAGAGAGGGAAGCUCUCGUGAAGCAGAAAGAUCCCAGGUAAAAGAGCAUCAAGACAUCUCCAGCACAUUUUGUGCUGUGUCAGAGUCACAAAAUGCACCAUUUGUGUCACCUAAAAGAAGAAUGGCCACAAAAAAAGGCCUACUCAAGGUGAAGAUGAUUUUUCCCAAAAGGAGAAGUGGAGCGUCAACCGCAACAUCGAAACAACAAGAUGUUUGUAAUCUUCAAUCAAAUUCGGAACAGAGUGAAAGCUCAACGAAUAAUUCAACUCCUUGUGGAAGUGAAAUUAGGGAGACUUUAUCAUGUGCUGAUCAGUCAUACACUAAAUCAUCGGCUGCUGAGGAGGCGUGUGAGGGUGUUUCUCACACAGUGCUUUCGGAUAUACUGGUUCCUGUACUUGACGAGAGUCACGAGACCGAAAGUAGCCAAUUUCACCAAGAGGCCUUAUUGGUUGAGGAGUCAGUUACUGAAAGACCAGAUACGAAAAGAAAAAAUUUAACUGCAAGUCGAUCUGCGGGGGAGAAUAUACCUUCCUGCAGGAGAGCUCAUUCCCUGGACACUCAAGCUGAGGAUGAAUGGUCUCUCAAAAGUUAUAUGCUUCCAAUAGACUCAAAUGAAAUUGAGAACUGGUGUGAAGGAGUUUCCCACAUGUUGCUGUCAGAUGCGUUUGUGCCCGUCUCGGAGGAAGAACACAUCGUAGACCAGAAAGGAUUUGGUGCAAGUGGCGCUCACACAGAUGGGGAAUAUGCUGUAAGUCUACCAGAAUGUAGGAGGACAUCUGACGAUGCAAAGAAAGAACAUCAAGUAGGAAGCAACUCUGACAUGCAAAAAACUGUUGAUAAACUUAUAGAAAAACCGCCAGCAUCACCAACAAAAAAAUCACCAGGAAGGCAAAGUACUUUCCAGAUGACGCUACGAUCACCCGAAAGAUCUUCAAAAAAUCAACUUGAUAUUCUCAAGUCAGCUCGUGCUGUCCCAAAAACACCUCAGCGAGCAAAAGAUAAUAAAGAGUCAAGUGUUCAAACUCCUACAAAAUCCCCAAAAAUGGCUCCGGAAUGCAGGAUCCAGCUGGAGAGGCUAUCUUUAGCGGAAAUCUGCCAACAUAACCUGCAACCAAAGCAUCACAGCACACCUGUCAAUGUGAAAACAUUUUCUCAAGCAAAUGAAAGCAGAAUGACUGGCUUUGCGUCACAUGCUGCUCAGGAGCCAGCCAUGCUGCCAAGUGCCUGGCCAAAGGUUGUCCUUAAUCGUAUGAACAUAAAGGCUGUUGAUGCGGACAGCUCCACGUCUACCUCAUCCCCAGCCAGAGCAUCUACCUCAACCUACCAACCACUGGAUGAUUACCAGUCACCUCACAGUAACCCUCCUGAAUCUGAUUCGGAUGCUGUUGAGGAGCCUACUUCAGUUUCUCAGUUUUUCCUCGACGACAUUUUUACUGAAGUGGAUGCAGAUUGAUUCCCGAUUGAGACCUGCUGCUAUACAAGUUUACUGCACUAAAGUCUUUCCAGUGUCUUGAAGAACUGUUAGUCAUUUUAAAUACUUUGUUUGUUUGUUACAUUUUAUUGACAAAGGGAAAAACUAAUAAUCCACAAAUACAUUUCUGUUAUGGGGCCUUUGCCUCGCAUAAAUAUCACACAAAUGUGAUAAGACAAUGCAGAACUGUUCUUGAGGUUUACCAAUGACUGCCUUAUUUAUUUCUAUUUAUUUUAUGAUAAACGUUGCUUAUGAUAAACAGUCUUGUUUAUUUUUUUCUGACAGCAGUUUGUGUUGCAAGAUCUUGUUUUGUUCAAAUACAAAUUUUUGUUUUUAAGGUUACUUUGCGUUUCAUUGGUCGUCCAUUGACCCAGCAUUCCUUGACUGUUCUUUAGUGAAGUUUUAAAACAUGUCCAACUAAAUGUGUUUUGAUUCAUGUGUUACAUUGCUAGUUAUUCUAUCAUCUAUUAUAUAAUCGUAGUGUAUAACAGCUCCACUAUUUUGAAUGCCACUUGUUACACAAAUGGUUUGCACAGCUUUUGAAUUAUCUUGUGUAACACUUAGACUACAUCACUUGUGGCAUUCCCUCAGAAAAAUAACAUUAACAUACAUUUUUUUUUUUUAAAUCAAUA